GCUCUAAAAGUUGGUGCUCCCAUGUUCCUGCUUUACUGGAGGUUUUUUUUUUUUUUUUUUUUUUACAUUAGAAAGCUUUAAUCAUUAAAGGGAAAAUUUACCUUUUCCUUCAAUGGAGAUUUCAUCAAUUAGAGAGCUACCUGAAUUUAUGUCAAAUCCUCAGGGAAUAAUGGAGGAUCCUAACUUGUUCCAUCAGUGGCAUAUGAACUCUCUUGACGAGCUCAGUUUCCUCCCAGUAACAGCUGCUGUUGAUAACUAUCCGGAUUACAGUGGCGCCAUUGGUAGACCUCCAAAGCAGCUUAAAACCAACUGCUGGGGGGGUUCAUGCAAUGCAUCAAACCUUGAAGCUUCUGUUUUUUCUCCUGACGCUCUCUCUUUUGCCGCUUCCAACCACGUUAUAAAUCCAAUGGGGAUUUUGAAGCCUAAAGAAGAAGAAGCUGCUUCUUCUAAGAGCAUGGAACCUUUCCCUUCUGAGAUCUUGUUCUCUCAAAACCCCUUUGGAACCCAGAAUUAUGUGCUUAAGGGUUGCCAUGGAUCUAAGAGGCUUGGAAUUUCUCAGACACAAGACCAUAUCAUGGCUGAAAGGAAACGCCGUGAAAAGCUCAGCCAGCGGUUUAUAGCUCUCUCUGCUAUUGUUCCUGGCUUAAAGAAGAUGGACAAGGCGUCGGUGCUUGGAGAUGCUAUCAAGUACCUGAAACAACUGCAGGAGAAAGUGAAGACACUUGAGGAGCAGACUAGAAAGAAAUCAAUGGAAUCAGUUGUUUUCGUGAAGAAAUCCCAUCUCUCCGCCGCGGACAAUAUUGAUGACUUUCAUCAGCCAUUACCAGAGAUUGAAGCAAGGUUUUGUGACAAAAGUGUUCUUGUAAGAAUCCACAGUGAGAAAAGAAAAGGACUCCCCGAGAAAAUCAUGUCUGAACUCGAGAAAUCUCACCUAACUGUCAUCAAUAGCAAUACCGUCACAUUUGGGAGUUCUGCUCUUGACAUAACAAUUGUCGCUCAGAUGGAUAUAGAAUUCUGUAUGACAGUAAAGGAUCUUGUGAAGAAGCUUCGUUCAGCUUUUGAAUCGCUCAUGUGAACAAAUUUCCUUUUUAAUUAAGAUAAUAAUAAGCUUUUCUAUCUUGGUAUGCAUAUAUAUAUAGUUUCAGAGUCUGAAAAACAAAGGUCUUAUAAUGCUCCACCAUUGAACACCAUGAUCAAGCCACUGUUAGCUGAUCAGAUCAGGUUUAUUUUUACAAGAGGAUUGUUGUUUCCAGUCAACUUUUUUCUUUUUUUUGCAUGGUCCUACUAUUUGGGCAUGUUGGGUUAAUUCCCUCUUGUUGUAUGACAUGACAGCUCCUUUGGUUUUUCUUUGGGAGGUUGAAAAUUCAACCAAGCCUAUAUAUAUAUAUAUAUUUGAUGUCGUGUAUCCCUUUAUUUCCAAGGUUGAAAAGAGGGUGGACAAAUAAACAUGGUUUUUUUAGGUGAGUGGACAAACUGGCCUUUGUUGGAGUGUUUUAGAGGAACCUCGAGCCUCUUUCUUCUUUGUAAUAAUAUCUUAUAUCACUAUCUGGUUUUGUAAUAGUUUGAAAAAAACAUUAAUGAAGUAAAGUAGUUAUACUUUCUUA